UACAGGGCUGGGGCUCAGCACCUUUUUAAUUCUUCAUCGCGUGGCUGAUUGAUCCCCCCCCGCCCCGCGCAGACACUAAAGAUUAAGAGGGUGACAAAGAGGCGGCUGCUUACACAGCGCCCGCCGCUAAGCCGCCUUGAAGAGAGCAAGGCAGGAGCCCCGCUGGCCGCAGAGCCGCAGCACCCACCGCCUGGCCAGAGCCUCCGCGGGGAUCCAGAGGGACGGCGCGGGGACAGGUCGGGAGCGCCGGCUGCGGGAUGGCUGCGUCCCCGGCGGGGUCGGUGGUGAGCGCCGGGCUGGAUGAGAGUCCCACGGGGCUGACCCCGGCUCCCGGGAAAGAGCUGAGCCCGGUGCUGCUGUGCAAGGUGUGCGGGGACACCAGCAGCGGGAAGCACUACGGCAUCUACGCCUGCAACGGCUGCAGCGGCUUCUUCAAGCGCAGUGUCCGCAGGAAGCUCAUCUACAGGUGCCAGGCAGGGACGGGGCUGUGCCCAGUGGACAAGGCGCACCGUAACCAGUGCCAGGCCUGCCGGCUCAAGAAGUGCCUGCAGGCUGGCAUGAACAAGGACGCUGUGCAGAAUGAGCGCCAGCCCCGCAGCACAGCCCAGGUGCAGCUGGACAGCAUCCAGCUGGAUGCUGAGCUGCCCCCUGAGCACGUGGCCACCACAUGUGAGGUGCCCCCAUCACCCUGUCCGGCUCCUCGUGGUCCCGGUGCCACUGUCACCCCGGGUCCCCGGGUGCCCACACCACCCACCAACCAUCGCUUCAUGGCCAGCCUGAUGACGGCCGAGACCUGCGCCAAGCUGGAGCCCGAGGACGCUGAUGAGACGGUGGAUGUGACGGGCAGUGAGCCGGAGCGGGCAAGCGGCGAGUACCAGGUGGCGCCGUACCCGGCAGCCAGCCCCGAAAACAUCUAUGAGACCUCAGCACGGCUCCUCUUCAUGGCUGUGAAAUGGGCCAAGAACCUGCCCGUCUUCUCCAACCUGCCCUUCCGCGACCAGGUGAUCCUGCUGGAGGAAGCAUGGAGUGAGCUGUUCCUGCUCUGUGCCAUCCAGUGGUCCAUGCCCCUGGAGACCUGCCCACUCCUGGCUGUCCCCGAGCCGACCCCUGGGAAGCUGCUGCCGGCCACCCUGGACGUGCGGGCACUGCAGGAGACCCUUGGCCGCUUCAAGGCACUGGCCGUUGACCCCACGGAAUUUGCCUGCAUGAAGGCCGUGGUGCUCUUCAAACCAGGUGAGGCCACCCCCAGCACCCACCACUGGCCAUCCCCGUGCCCCUCCCCGGCCUGUCACCCCCUUGUCCCUGCAGAGACCCGUGGCCUGAAGGACCCCGAGCAGGUGGAGAACCUGCAGGACCAGUCACAGGUGAUGCUGGGCCAGCACAACCGUUCCCACUACCCUGGGCAACCCGUCAGGUUUGGGAAGCUGCUGCUGCUCCUCCCCGCGCUGCGCUUCAUCUCCUCGGAGCGCGUGGAGCUGCUCUUCUUCCGCCGCACCAUCGGCAACACCCCCAUGGAGAAGCUGCUGUGUGACAUGUUCAAGAACUGAAGCCCCUUCCCGCCGUCCCUGGCUUGUUUUGUCACCCUGCGCUGGCACCCUGGCACCCUGGCCCUGGGGUGCGAAGGUGCCCACGGCCCCAUCGCUGGGGCAGUGUCCAGGACUGUGGAAUGCUGCUGGCAGCUGGGACCAGCUCCCCUGGGGGCGGAAGGGGGAUGUCCCCAGGUGAGUGCCCAGUGCACUGGCAGCAGCUCACUGACGAUGCCCCAAAUGCUGCAGGAACCCAGGCACAGGCACCUUGGCACCACGAGGACCUGCUGCCACCCAGGCGUCACCGGUCUGGGGGGACGCUUCCUCGGGGACGAAGCCAGCCUGGGGCUCGACAUCGGCCAGGGAUGGCAAGGGCCAGGGAGAGGUGGCGCCGGCCUCGGAGUGGCACCAGCCCAGGGGUGACACUCGCCAAAGGUGGGGCCACCUCGGGGUGCCACCAGACUGGGACGCCCUCAGGCUGAUCCCAGGCCAGGCUGACACUGGGCAGGGGUGACCCCAGCCCCCGGUGACAUGCGGUGACAGAACCUUGUCCCUCCGUUCCGGGGUCUCCCACUUGUGUCCCCCGUUUUAUACUCGGAAUAAAGAGAGUUUUGCAGCCGGAGUCCCUGUGCCAAUGACUUGGGUCCCCGUGGGUGGGGGACCGGGGGGACCAGCUGAAU